AUGGAUCAUUAUAUCAGUUUCAGGAACAUCGCCUACCAGAAUUCUUUGUCCUUCAUAUUUGCCAUUGAGGAAAUCAACAGAAACAUGCACAUUUUACCCAACACAUCUCUAGGAUUUGACCUCUACAAUGUCAACAGCAAUCAAUGGGAUACUUUGGAGGCACCUUUUCUUUGCCUCACAGGAACAGGAAUAAUGAUUCCCAAUUACACAUGUAGAAGACAGAAGAAUGUUGCUGCUCUACUUACAGGAGCAACAUGGACAGCAUCUGCACAUAUUGGGAGACUGUUGAGUCUCUACAAAUAUCCACAGCUUCCUCGCUCUGUGUGCAGUGAGAGCUGUUUUCCUGGAAAAAGAAAAUCUGCCCAGGAGGGGAGGCCUCCUUGUUGCUAUCAUUGUACUCAGUGUCCACACAAUGAGAUUUCCAAUGAGACAGAUAUGGAUCAUUGUGUGAGGUGUCCAGAAAGUCAUUAUGCAAACACAGAGCAGAAUCACUGCCUCCAGAAAACAGUGACCUUUCUGGCCUAUGAAGACCCUUUGGGGAUGGCACUGACCUCCUUGGCCCUGAGCUUCUCUGCACUCACAGCUGGUGUUCUUGUUGUGUUUGUGAAGCACCACCACACUCCCAUAGUCAAGGCAAACAAUCAGGCUCUCACUUACAUCCUACUCAUCACUCUGACUUUCUGUUUCCUCUGUCCCUUGCUCUACAUUGGCCACCCCAACACAGCCACCUGUAUCCUGCAGCAGAGCACAUUUGCAGUUCUGUUCACGGUGGCUCUCUCCACAGUCUUGGCCAAAAGUGUUACUGUGGUUCUGGCUUUCAGGAUCACAGUUCCAGGGAGACUGAUAAGGUGGAUAAUGAUAUCAAGGUUUCCUAACUUCAUCAUUCCCAUCUGCACCCUCAUCCAACUUGUCCUCUGUGGAUUUUGGCUGAGCAAAUCUCCUCCCUUUGUUGACUCAGAUGCUUACUCAAAACAUGGACACAUAAUUAUUAUAUGCAACAAGGGCUCCACUAUUGCCUUCCAUUCUGUGCUGGGUUACCUCUGCUCCAUGGCACUUGGGAGCUACACUAUGGCUUACCUGUCCAGGAACCUGCCCGACACAUUCAAUGAAGCCAAGUUCAUGUCCUUCAGCAUGUUGAUUUUCUUCAGUGUGUGGGUCACCUUCCUUCCUGUCUACCACAGCACCAAGGGGAAAUAUGUGGUUGCCAUGGAAGCUUUCUCUAUCUUGGUUUCUAGUGCAGGCCUCCUAGGAUGCAUCUUUGUCCCCAAGUGCUAUAUUAUUUUGUUCAGGCCACAUAGGAAUGUGCUUCAUCAUGUCAGGAACAAAGUACAUUCUAGAUGAAAAUUUGAUUAUACAGUUUAGUUCAUGGUUUUCUUAAUAAUAUAGAAGACUUCAAGUUGAUUUAGGUGCAAUCCAGUUGACAGAGAUAAUGCAGCAAUGUAAUGUUUUAUAUUUAUUUGUUUCAUUUAUUAAUGAAUCAAUCUUUAUUCUCUCAUAUUUGAAUAUUUUUGCAUAUUUCUAUAUAUUAGAAAGCUUAGUUUAAAAAUAUUCUAAUUAUAGAGGAGAUUUGAAUAAUAAGUACAUUAUGGUAAAAUAAGUCAAACAUGGCAGUUUAUUAGAAAUUCUAGAAUAAGUUAGAAUAUUAAUUUAAAGACCUGACCCCUUUGUUUCGAUAUUAAAUUCUAUAGCAUUUCCAGGACAAUAGAUUGAUCUCAGAAGCCUGUCCCAAUGUCCUAUAUUUAUCAAAGUUCACUGACAUGUAUCCAUUCUUACAUCACCACCAAAAGCCUUCUUCACCACAGCUAGGAGACACUACUUCAUCACUUCAUCUUGUAACUUAGUCUGUCCCUACUCCUUAAAUCUUGUUAUAGCCCACUUAAGACUGCAACUUGUCUCACCAGCAUUAUUAAAAUUUAAAUUUGCAUAGUAAUGAGUGGUACAGCUUUGAUUUUCUUAUUUGUCAAAUUUCAUUUCCCCUUGGACUUAUUGCAAUGGAGUGUUUUCCAUAUUUUCUUCCAGCUACUGUCAUGAUAUUGAAGCACAAUAUAUUUGAUUUCUUCCCAAUGUAAAAAUGUCAAUAGAAUAAUUGAACAGAGAAAAUAUAUUUUGGUUCACUGUAUCAGAAGGCUUAAAUAUGGUUAAGUGUACUUGGCCCAGUGCACUUGGGCAAAACAUCCUGCUAGCAGAAUACAUGAGAAAAGAGAUGCUGUUCACUUUUUGGUGGCCCAUCUGGUGGGGACAGUCAAUGUAAGACCAGGGACACCUAGGAGAAAAUGGGUGACAAGCAGCUCAAAGCACGGAUGGCAAGACUAUACUUAUCAAGACAACAAACUUUAUUCAUUCCAAAGGGGUUUAUAUAGGUCCAUAGUUGGGAAGUGAUGACGGGAGAUAGUGGGGUGUUGACUGCAGCUACGAGGAAGCUAGCAGGGCAAAAAGGUCAGUGAGAGUGUAGGCCAUCCUGGUGA